AUGGAGCACACAGCAGAUGAAGAUGAGCAUAGAGUCACAAACCCGGCAGCACCAUCCUCUGAGGCUUUUGUUCGUCAACGGUCCUUUCAUCACGCCGACAACCAAAAUGACUACUUUUCGCCUAUUUCGACGGCCACAUCUAGCAACCCUGCUAUUCACACAUAUGCUAACCACAAUUCUGAUGCUCCUUCCACCCCAUUAGUUACGUCGCCCACCGUAUUUGGUCUAUCAAAUCGUAGCUUGGAGGGUGUUGUCACGGUCGAGGCGACUGCCGUGCCACAGCGAUCUAAAUAUGCAGGCAAGAUCUCGACUCAAGUUCUAGCAAAGUCUGCCGAAGAGUUGUUUCAAGAUGAGGAGAUUCGAAUUCGAGUGAUGGAGUUUUUCUGUCCGCUUAUGAGUUUCGCAGAAGACAUCUCUAUGCCUUUGUCCACAUUCUACCCAACCGUACGAAAGGACAUUGCCGACAGGCAUGUAGAAGCAUACUUUACAUCCAUCAAAUCUAUGUUUCCUGUUCUAUCGCGAGGUGACUUCAUCCCGUUGUAUGAGGAAUUUUAUCAUUCUGGUCACUCGACGAAUGCUGUGUUUGUCUGUUCGCUUUAUAUGGUGAUGGCUCUGGGCUCUCGGAAGGAUGGCGGAUCAGGAGACUCAAAUGAUCUUUUUGCCGCUGGAUGGGAACUAUACAGCCGUGUCAUCUCAACACCGUAUCUUCCAAGUGUCCAAGCUCUUCUCUUGAUGGCAUUGGAAUUAAUGCAUGGCAAUAAAGAUGGUCAGGCCAGUCUGGCAGUAGGUACGGCGGUGCGCAUUGCGCAGUCACUUGGCUUGCAUCGACGCCUGGCAGCACAUAAACACCCAUGGGAAAGGGGAUUUGUUGAAAGGGAGUACAAUCUUCGUACGCGCAUUUGGUGGGUGUGCUAUUGCCUGGAUAAAAAACUUGCGUUUGAGACUGGGCGACCUUCUGCGAUCAAUGAUAUAGAGUGUGAUGUGGAUUCUCCAAGAAACAUGGCCUUGACCCCCGGAUCCGCCACGAGUUCUGAAGAUGAGAAUUUCUUAGACAAUUUGGUGGAACUAUGCCGCAUUCAAUCGAAUAUAAUUUCGAGGCUGUUCUGUAGGCCUAUCAUUCAAGAUCAGGACUGCAGUCUGAUGGGAGAGAUUGAGGCUCUCGACGAACAGCUCCUGACAUGGAAGGAAAGACUCCCUUCAGCGGUGCGGAUUGACGAACAGCUGGCUGGAAUGCAGUCUAGUGCCAUAUCCAUCAAAUUUGUUCUGCUGCAUUGCAUGUAUUACAACACAAUGCUUGUCAUUCAUCGUGCGGCACUCUUUGGUGAGGCUCCAUUAGAACCACAUCAGCGUGCCCAGCUACGAAUGAUGGCCGCUGAUGUUGUUUGUUUGAAUUCAGCACGUUCACUAGCUCAGACAGUGAAUGGUCUGGUUAGCACACCCUACAGUUGGCCAAUCGUCAGAUUGACGACAUCCUACAUUUUGAAUGUCCUGUUCACACUAUACAUCGGGAUCAUGAAGAACCCAGCCCAGUGGACCUCUGAAAGUGACAUUGCUCUGAUCAAGACUCUGCCAAACUGUUUCUCCAAGGGGAAUUCCACCCCUUUUGCAAUAUCAUCAUUUGACAAGCUCUGUACGUCUUUGAUAGGUGCAAUCACUGUCAUGAGGCGACGGAGCCUUGCAGUACCGAAAGCUGCAGCAGAUAUUGAACUUCGACCGGAGCAUUCGGAUUUUGAGGGGAAUCGUGUUGAGACUAUGAGUGAGGAAGAAAUCAACCAGGAGAUGGAUUUUCGCUUUGGGGAUUUCUUCGGAUUGUGUGGCAAUGCCGACCCUCUUCUUUCGAUGCAGAUGUGGCCCGUAAGCCUAGAUCAGACUACCGAUGGAGUCGAAUUUUUCACUAGUCAAUAG